UAACUUGGCUUCUGAGAGCUUCAAAAUGUAAUGAAUAAAAUGCUAAAGUUGUUGAUAAACAAGCAAUUAUUUUAAUAAUUAAAUAUGGUCAUUUUAAAUGAAUUAUUAUGAUAAUUUAAAAUUAAUUAUUUCAAAUAUGUUUAUUUUAAGGCUCCAGCGCCCCCCGCGACCCCGAAGGGAUUAAGCGGUAGAAAAUGGAUGGUUGGAUGGAUGUUUAUUUUAAUGUAAAAUUCUAUGGCUGGAUGUAAUAAGGAGUCAGAAAAAAUAAAAAUAAAAAUACAAUUAAUUUUGAUGUUUUUAGCAAAAUAUAGUAAAAAUGUAUUUAGUUGUUUUAAUUUUUUUUAUUAAUAAAUAUCUAUUUAUUUUUAGGUAAGAUAAACAUAAUAAUACAAUGUAUCUCUAGUCUGGAUGAUUUAGUUCUUGUCACCCUGUUGUCCUCCCGUCAUAAAAAAAAAGGCUGUCCUCACUCAGGUCCGCAUGGAGCUGGAGGGGGCGUGGCCUCCAGCUCCGGCUGAAAAUCGGGAGAUUUUCGGGAGAAUAUUUGUCCCGGAAGGUUUUCGGGAGAGGCGCUGAAUUUCGGGAGUCUCCCGGGAAAUUCGGGAGGGUUGGCAAUGUUUUUUAUGUCCGCUCGGUGACGUCCACACCCAACUUCUCACGAAGCAUAAAAAAAGAGGACGGCAAUAAAAGGACAAAGGCGAGGCUGUGAGGACGUCAUAAACGCUCGCUGGUCUUCAGGUGUGAUCACACGCUCGUCCUUGCACCGCUGGGAACGUCUCAGGUCUUCAGGAAGACGAAAAUGAAGUCCUGCUGUCUGCUCGUGUUGCUCAUCUGUGGCGCUCAAGCGCAAAUCCAAGGUGUCGCCAUCGAGGCCGCGCCAGGUGCGGACGUGCACGGAACCAUCCACACCCAGCUGGACAAGACCGUGUCUCUGCUGUGUCGCGCCCUCGAGGAGGGGGCGGAGCUGGUGUGGCGGAGGAACGGCGCCAUGGUCAGUCUGAAGGCGGAGAACCAGCGGGGCAACAGCAGCGUGUGCGUCACGCCCGUCCUCCACCAGGACAACGGCGCCACCUUCAGCUGCCACCUGGGGAAGAACGCCACCGUCCAGGACGCCGUCACUUUAAACGUCACAUUUCCUCCCGUGCUGUCAGAAUCUGAGGACGUGUCCGUGGAGGAAAAGUCGCCGCUCGUCCUGAGCUGCGAAACCUUCGCCAACCCGCCCGUCUCGCCGCCCCUGUGGACCCUCAACGACAGCACAGUGGACCUCCUGGCGGGCAGCUUCUCGGUGACCAACGACGGCUCGACCAGCCGGCUGAGCUGCGGCGCCGUGGAUAGAGGUCUGCAUGAAGGCCGGUACCAGUGCACGGUGGACUCUCCUCUUCACGGAACCAGGACCAGAGUCUUCCGGGUUACGGUCACAGACAAGACCACCAAGUUCCCGCUGAUGCCCAUUAUUGCCGGCGUGGUGGUGGUCUUCCUCACGGGGGUCUUCGCCAUCUUCUCUCGCUGGAGCAAAAUCACAAAGUGCUGCAAGUGAACAAACGUCAUGAAGAUUCCUGCUGGAGCGACAGACUGUGAUUAUUACUCCCGUUUAUUUCGUCUCUAAUUUUAUACUUAGGUUAUUUAUAAACGCUUCAUAACAGGAAGCAAAUGUGGACGCAAGUUAGCUUAGCGUAAAGAGGAAGUCAUUCGAGUCCUUACACGUGUUUCUUGUUUUUGUCUCUUCCUCUAU